CCGGCGCCUCCCACGGUGAGCUGCAGCCCGGACGUCAGUCGGUGGGGACCAGACCUCCUCCGCAGGUGGGCAGUGGAGCAGGCAUGGAUGGGAAGAAAUGCAGCGUGUGGAUGUUUUUACCCCUUGUUUUCACCCUGUUUACUUCAGCUGGACUCUGGAUAGUAUACUUCAUAGCUGUGGAAGAUAACAAAAUUUUCUCUUUAAAUGCACCCGAAAGGAAACCUGGUCAGAAACACGCACCCUAUAUAAGUAUUGCAGGUGAUGAACCUCCUGCAAGCUGUGUGUUUAGUCAAGUGAUGAACAUGGCAGCGUUUCUUGCCCUUGUGGUAGCAAUUCUCCGCUUCAUACAGUUGAAACCCAAAGUUUUGAACCCGUGGCUAAACGUGAGUGGCUUGGUGGCCCUGUGCCUGGCUUCCUUUGGAAUGACAUUACUCGGUAAUUUUCAGCUCACCAACGAUGAAGAAAUCCAUAAUGUGGGCACCUCCCUAACUUUUGGGUUUGGGACACUGGUUUGUUGGAUUCAGGCCGCUCUGACACUCAAAGUCAACAUCAAGAAUGAGGGUCGGAAGAUUGGGAUUCCCAGAGUGAUUCUAGCAGCAUCCAUAACUCUCUGUGUGGUCCUCUAUUUUAUUCUCAUGGCCCAAGAAAUCCACAUGCAUGCGGCCCGGAUUCAGUGGGGCCUAGUGAUGUGCUUUCUCUGUUACUUCGGCACCUUCGCCGUGGAGUUUCGACAUUACCGUUACGAGAUCGUCUGCUCCGAAUACCAGGAGAAUUUCCUGAGUUUCUCUGAAAGCCUAUCAGAAGCAUCUGAGUAUCAAACCGACCAGGUGUAAUUUGACUUCCUUUGACCUCGUUGGUGACAGUGGGAGAGGGGGUUAGCGACUGACACAGGCAAAGAAUGGCACAUACGACUUCAUGACACACACACACACACACACACACACCCCCGUCUGUUCACAGUUACUAUCACUAGAGGGUCCUCUUUUCAGGGUGGAUUGUUUCUUUAAAGGGGAAAAUAAAAGCACAAACCCCUAUAUGAAGACAUGGAUGGAAGCUCUUGCAUCUUUAAUACAACAGACCAAGAAGUUUGUGCAAGACCAUGUGUCUUUCCCCCUUUGCCUGUCCCCUUUUCCCAGCCCUCCCCACUCCCCUCUCCUCCUUGCCUAUUAUGACUUCACCAUUCACACCCUUUACUGUUAAGUAGGGUCACUCAAAAGGGGAAUGACAAAGCCACCAACUCCCUAAAUCUUGCUUCGGGUCUAAGGAGGAUUGGAACAAGCCACUCAAAGUCUUCAGUUCAGACCCGGAUGAUCUUCAUAAUGGAUGAUGGAUGGAAACGAUCCAAAGAACAGUGCCCAGGCGUAGGGGGGUUGGGGGAGGUGGGGGAGGGAAUUCCCCAAGCACUGAGCCCGUAUCUCAUCCACCACCCACUUCAUUGUGACAAAGAUGGGGCCAUGUGUGUUCCAAUGAAAAAUUGUGUUACAUAAUUUUAGAGAGAAAAUCUACUAGGAUGGAUUACAGAACUACCAUUCACAAGAAACAAGAUGAAGAUGUGGUUUCAUUUUUAAAUGUGCUUCCUAUAGUCUGUCCUGGACGAUAGCUUUUGUUUGCUUCUCUGCAUCCCCAAAAUUGCCUCUUUGUAUUACUUCGGAUCCCACGGACAGAAACGGAUCUUAAUAUACAGAUGUCUGCCUUGUAUUGGACCCAACCAUAAUGAGGUCAGAUUAUUAUCCGCUGAAGGCUUAAUUUACUGGGUGGGGUUUGUUUUUGUUUUGUUUUGUUUUGUUUUUCCAUUAGAAGAAGCUAAGAUGACAUAUAGGAAAAGAUAAGAGAAGGACCCAAAAAGAGCUGGAAGCUGUCUCAGACAAGCCAUUUAUGAAAAGGCAAACAUUAGGUUAUCUUAGCGCAAGAUUGAAAGCCAGAGAGUUCCACUCUUUCAAAGAAGCCCACGAAUGCCGAGACUCUGUUUCUUAUUCUUGGUGGCCCGGCAUCCCACAGACUUGUGGCUCCUGGAGUAUAGAGGCAGCCACAACUCAAACACAUCACCCAUCUAUGCCUGCCCUUUGUCCUAGAGAACCCCUGGUCAGCUCCUAGGAGCUGUGGGAUUUCACAGAACUACACUUUUAAAAACCAUUAUUUUGGAUCCAGUGAAGGAAACGUCAGGAAAAACCAUUAAAAAAUAAAACAAAAACCAAUGAAUGAGAUUUUUUAAGCAUGGUGGAACAACUGUCACCCAUAUGAGGUGCAGGAAUAAAGGUAAUUGUGAAUGGGGUAAAAAAUUAAUCUAGAGAAAAGUGAAUUUGGCUCCAAGUCAGCAAGCAUAAGCAGGAAAAAGUUCAAGCAAAGAAUAAUCUUUUUAUUAAAAGGGCAUCUACUUGUAAAUAGUCCAAGCCAAGGUAACAUUUAUUCUUUUUAAAAAGGAAAAAAAAAACCUGUUUUUGUUUUUAUCAUUUUUAUAUGGUAAAAUUUUAUCAAAGAAAAACAUGAGGGUUUGUGAUGAUUUCUUUUACUUUCCACAAGUAAAAACCAAGCUGCUGACUUUGGAUGGUGGGAUAUUGCUCUAUGCUCAUGGGAGUCUGUCUAAUGGUGCCCUCUGGCAAAGCUAAGCAAUUACCAAUAUCACACACAGGGUCAGGAAUGCUAAAUAAAGUGCUUUU